CACCAUGAGCCGCAGCCCAGAGAGAAUCUCCUCCUACCGGCGUCAUUUCGAAGACACCAGCGCCACCUACCAGGUGCGGGUGUCGAGCCCCUCGCCGACCCGUCAGGACACUCGCCACCGUUCUGCCAGCUUCACCCGUGGCACCACAUCUAGCCUGCGUGCUCAGGCAGUGGGGAGGAGGACCAUUUCCACCGCCUUUAGGGCCCGCCCUGCAAGCGUGGGCACAGGCGCCAUCUGCGUGGGCAUGGGUGUGGGAGCAGGCAUUGGGGUCGCGCUCGACCUGGAAGCAGCGGCCGCCGAGAACCAGGAAUUCCUGAGCAUACGCAGCAGUGAACGCCAGGAGAUGAUUGUGCUCAAUGACAGGCUGGCCAUGUACAUUGAAAAGGUUCGAUCACUGGAGCAGCAAAAUCGCCUGCUGGAGACUGAGAUCGAGGCCCUGCAGAACCGGUUUGUGAAGCCUUCGGGGCUGCGGCGACUCUACGAAGAGCAGUUGAAGGAGAUGAAGAGGAUUGCAGAUCAGAUGAGAAUGCAACGGGACAUGGCUAUUGCUGCCAAAGAGGCUAUGGCAGGCCAGCUUGAGAUGCUGAAAGCAAAAUAUGAAGAGGCAGUGGAGCUGAGGAAGAAGGCCGAGUUGGCUAUAGAAGCUUUCCGCCCAGAUGUGGAUGCAGCCACCUCUGCUCGCAUUGCCUUGGAGAAACAGCUGGAGAACCUGGAGGUGGAACUUGAGUUUCUGAAGAGGGUGCACAAAGAGGAAAUUGAGGAGCUCAUGAAGCAAAUAUAUGGAGUGACAGCUGUAGUGGGAGUGGCCUUCUCACUUCCAGACCUUGCCACUGCCCUUAAACAGAUCCAGCACCAGUACGAUGAAAUUGCUGCAAAGAGUUUACAGGAAAUGGACACUUGGUAUAGCACAAAAUUUGAAGACCUAAAUCAGGCAUCUACAAAACAUGUGGACAGAAUUCGAAGUGUGCGACAGGAAAUCGCAGGAGCCAAAAAAGAUAUCCAAAACAAAGAACGUGACCUUGAGGCCCUGAAGAACAAGAAGGAGGCACUGGAAGCACAGAUUCGUGAGGCACAAGAAAGGCAUAAGAAGGAGCUUGAAGAGCUACAGGCAAAAAUUGAAAGUUUGCAGCUAGAACUGAAAUCUACGAAGGAGAAAAUAGCGUUACAUCUUCGGGAGUACCAGGAACUACUCAAUAUGAAAAUGGCUCUUGAGAUUGAAAUCACCACCUACAGGAAGCUGAUAGAAGGUGAAGACUCUCGGCUGGCCAGUAUAUUCUCAGGCAUAUCCCUGAUAAGCGGCAGACUGGGUGUCAUGGCUGGCGGUGUCGGCCAACUAGGAGCCAUCGAGACCUAUGCCAAGGAGCAGGCGGUGGAGAUGACCGAGAGAAAGACUGUGCUCAUCAGAACAGUUAAAACAGAGGACGACACGAUGCAGAGCGACACGCAGGAACGAACCAUCACCAUUUCUGGUGCGGCUGAUGACACAGAUGAAGACUAG